GAUGCUGGAGAGCAACAUUGAUAAAGUUCUCGCCGGACGGACAGGAGUUCGCUUCUUCUUCCCUCUCUGUGGCAAAGCUGUAGACAUGAAGUGGCUGGCCGACAUGGGCCACUCAGUGGUCGGGGUAGAGAUAUCUGAAAAGGCUGUAAAACAGUUCUUUGAGGAGAACAACAUGACCUACAGUGAGGAGCCUGUCCCUGCCAUACCUGGAGCAAAGGUUUACAAGAGCUCAGAGAGAAAUAUCUCCCUAUAUCAAUGUGACCUGUACAACUUUUCCAGUUCCAUUGAGGGAGAGUUUGGUGCAAUUUGGGACAGGGGAUCUCUAGUGGCCAUCAACCCAAGAGACAGAGAAAAGUAUGCUGCUCUCAUAGUGUCUCUCAUGGCCAAAGACUGCAGAUACCUUUUGGACACUUUGUUGUACAAUCCUGAAUUAUAUACAGGUCCUCCCUUUUUUGUGCCUGAUGAACAGGUACACAGCCUGUUUGGGAACAGCUGUGAUAUGGAACUGCUGCAGUCAGUGGAUGCCCUGACAGACAGACAGCGAGCCUGGGGGCUGGAUUACUUAAAUGAAAAUGUACACCUCAUCACUCCAAAGAGAAUUUAAAAACUAAUGUGUAAGUUUAGAGAGAUAAAAAAUUCGGAUAUUGGGCACGUCAUUGCAAACAUAGGAUUUGGGCGUGUUAUAUUUUUUUAAUGCUUAAGACAUCAAGUGAAGGUGCAUGGAAAUAAUGGAAAUAAUAUGUCAAGAGAUUUUCUAAAUACUAUUUUAAACUCAUUCAUUUUAAUAAAGCCUAAGAACUAACAUGUAAAGUUUUGACUGAUUGACAAAAUAAAACUUGUUUUGUAACAA